AUGGAUUCUUCUCAUCCGUUUUCCGGCGGGCCUUGGUUCUGCACACACUGCCAGAAGCCGUUCUCUGUUUGGGAACACUUGGUAGAGCACAAGAAAUCCAAGCGGAACGAAAACAAAGAGGACCACAUCCAUUGCAAGUUCUGUGGCCGGGAUUUUUUCACCUUGGAAGGAGAGAUGAAGCACAUGCAGGUGGAGCAUCCUCUUCAGCAGAAUCUUGACUGUCCUGGCUGCGGCCAGGGUCCUUUUAAGAGUCUAGGCUCUCUCAUGAGCCACAUUGAAAGAGGAUUUUGCACACGCAUCGACAGUGACCUCCUCGAUGAGCUCAGAGAAGAGAAGCUCGAGUUUCCACGACGCUUGGAGCAGUUGACCAAAGAGUCGGUCCAAGGAAAUUACACGAAGUAUAUGCCGUCACCCAAUGCAAACUUCUCGAUCUCGGGCUGGACCGUUGAGAAGGAGACGCCCUCAUUCAAGAUGGUCCAAGAAGAGUUCCCAGAUUUGUCUACUACGGUCGUUGAUCGCACGCAGCCUCCCUCAGUCACCACUGCAACCCAAUCAGAGUCUAGCAAAAGCAAUAGGACUACCAAUAAGAAGACAACCCAAGGGCCGCUCAAGCUUCCUUUUAGAUUGGCCAACAAAACAGAGAUGGCACCAAUCUCCAACAGCGAAAAGAAGGCCCAAGGUCCAGGACGACUUCCUCUUCGACUACUCUCCGACUUCAACCGUAACAACAACAAUAUCGAGGCAUCAAGCUCUUUUCAGCGGCCUCAACCGGUCUUCAAAUCGGGUGUGACCACUGUCGUCGCAGGCAUAGAUCUUGAUGAUCCAAAUAACCCGUCGUUCAACGUCGCCCGCUAUAAGUGCCCAAUCACCGAGAAAUGGAACUGCCCAAAACUACCGUGUGGAAAAACGUUCAAGACAGCCAAGGCGCUUAUUGGCCACCUUCGAUCGCCAGUCCAUGGGAACAAGACGUAUAGAUGCCCGUGCUGCCUCAAGAUAUUCAAGACUUUGACAGGCAUAACUUCGCACGCAGAGACUAGAGGCUCCAAGUGCCGCAUCCAAGACACUGUUCACUACGAGGUCUUCAUGGGCCAGCUGACGGCAGGCAUUGUCGAUAUUGAAAGAACUCGGUAUCAAGAUGGAAGCAUCAUCUUCAAGACUUCGGAGCAGGCGAAGCAGAGACUUCGUGGAGAGACCAACAAGAAUAAGAAUAAAUCCAAGGAUCCGAUUAUUACUGACCCAGAUCAGGUUUACUGCUGUAACGACCGGACGACGAGGGGGCCGGAAGCGGAAGCGGAAGCAGAAGCACCAGCAAGGGGUCGGGCUGCGGCUGUUUUAAUGGAAGACGAGUCGUCCAGCGAUCAUCCCAGCAUGGCGUUCCGUUGGGCGCGCCGGUUCGAGCGCGCGUGUUGCACGACGGCCAAAUACUUUCCCUUGGCGUUUGUCUACGGGUUGACGUCGUGGGCGUGCUGGGUGGUGGUGAGCAUUGGGAGCGAGAGCGACGGCACCCGCUGGAUAGGCUCGACAUCCUCAUUCUUUGGCAUCUUGCUUUAUCUGCUACUCAACUGGUCCUACACGACGGCCGUCUUUACGGAUCCCGGAUCGACGACCAACGACGAUGGCUACGGUCUUCUCCCGACGAGCGGCGGCGGCCAGAGCCGCAUGGCGACAUCCUUCACAGUCAAGAGCAAUGGAGAGAUUCGAUUCUGCAAAAAGUGCCAGGCCCGCAAGCCGGACCGCACGCACCACUGCUCGACGUGCCGCCGAUGCGUGCUCAAGAUGGACCACCACUGCCCUUGGUUGGCGUCGUGCCUCGGGCUGCGCAACUACAAGCCCUUUAUCCUGUUCCUGGUCUACACCACCAUCUUUUCCUUUUACGCAUUUGCCGUCAGCGGCUCGUGGUUCUGGACGGAAGUCAUGGACGACUCCAAAUAUCUCGACACGCUGCUGCCCAUCAACUUCAUCAUGUUGGCGGUCAUGAGCGGCAUUAUUGGGCUUGUUGUCGGGGCCUUUACAUCGUGGCACAUCAUGUUGGCUUGCAGGAAUCAGACAACGAUUGAGUGUCUUGAGAAGACGAGAUACCUGUCAACGGUCAAGAAGACGCUGCACCAGGCCCAGAGCCUCGCCAACGGCUUCCCACAGGCGAGGCAGUUUGUCGACUUUCACGCGAGCGCGCUGCCUGGCAUCACCACUAGGGAGGAGGGCGAGGAGCGGCGCUCGCAAGAGCCUACGCCCCGGGUGCAAAUGUCAUAUGAGGAAUUGGAACGACACCAGAGCCGCAAGCGCUAUGAGGAGUACCUUGACGAGCAGGACUCGGAGAAGCUGCCCAACGCAUUUGACCUUGGCUGGAAGCGAAACCUGCUGCAUCUCCUGGGACCCAGCCCCUGGCUGUGGUUCUUGCCCAUCUGCAACACGACCGGAGACGGCUGGAGCUGGGAGGCCAACCCGAAAUGGGUCUCGGAGCGCGAGAGGCUGAGGAGUGAACGAGAGGAGCAGCGCCAGCGGGAAGUGAACGCGGGCUGGGGAUACGGAGGAGAGGCUCCGUCGGCGACCGCGGACGUCACGGGUAACUACCACGGCCGCGGACCUCUGAACGCGGUCAACGGUGGUGCGAGAAGAGCUCCGAGCAAGGCGGAUCGCAUUCUGGGUAGGGACCCGAACCUGUACGCCGACGGCUCGCAAGACGUGCCCAUGCGAAGACUAAGCCCGCGUGGCCGCGCGGCGCCACCGGAGGAUGAUUUGCUGGACACGGACGACGAGGAGCAAAGCAAGUUCAGCCCUGGCAACGGCUCCCAGACGGCCGCCAGCCGGCUCGAAGCUGAACGGGUCGCCAUGAGCGUGGUGACCAAUACACGCUCUUGGGGUCGCGGCGGCGCGAGCGGAAUGCUGCGCCAUGGGAGUCAGCAAAGCAACAACAGCAGCCGAAUGGAGAGCCCGAGCUCCGAGGUGAAUGACGAUGGCGUCGAUUGA